AUGUUGCAAUUCAAGGUCGGCCAGAGGCUCGAGACAAACACCCAUCGGACGGGCAUUGUCAGAUAUGUUGGGCCUAUACACGUCGCAGAGGGUACUUGGCUCGGCAUCGACCUGCAAGAGCCCACAGGAAAGAACGAUGGUUCUGUUCGCGGCGAGCGUUACUUCGACUGUCCGCCUCAGCAUGGUCUCUUCGUGAAAGAGACAGAUAUCCUCCAAAUUCUCUCGCAGCCAGCACCGAAAGCUGCAGCACCGAAGCCUAAAGCCGCUGCGCCUGCCCCGAGGUCACGACCCUCGAGCGUCGUUGCGCCUAGGCCAGCAUCGACUCGACCUGCCAGCGUCACCUCCCCCCCGGCUGGCUCGAAGGCGCCCAGCCAUACAAAGCGCCAGUCCGUUGCACCUGCUGCCCCUCGGACCCCACUACGAGGUCCAGCGCGCAAGCCCAGCGUUGCCAGUGCUUCCACCGCAGCCCCUUCCCCACCCCCUACACGACCUUCAGUCACCUCGAGACCAAGCACAUCGACGUCAACAAGAGAUGGUAACGUUGAUGCGUUACAGACGAAGAUCAAGCAUUUGGAGAAGCAACAUUCGGAGGAUCAGGCACGUCUGAAAGAGCUGUCGCAAGCAGAAAGUGAGCGCGACAAGUAUCACGGGAUCCUACAGAAGCUGCAGGCAAAAUGUCAGACGUUUCACCAAGAGUCUCUAGACGCCAAGGAACAACUGAAGAAGGAAGGGCAAGAUCACGAGUUCGAUCUGGAAGACGCCUUGCUUGAGAAGGAGAUGGCGCAGGAGCGCGCCGAGCAAAAUGAAAGUGAACUGGAGGCGCUACGUGCGAAGGAAGCAGAAGCGUUUACUGCGGAUAUGUCCGAAGAAGAGAAGGAGCAGGCUGGCUACUACCGAUUACAACACGAGAACGAUCGUCUUCGUGAGGCGUUGAUGCUGUUAAAAGAGGCUCGGAUCGACGAGCUGGAAGAGGAUUCUUCUCAACUGGAGACGUUACAAAUGGAGCGCGAGACGUUGCAACAUCAACUAGUCGAGGCUCAAGGCAUCGCAGAGCAUCUGAAAGCUCAGGUCAACGACAGGAAUGAGUUGGAAGAUGUUGUCGAAGAAAUAGUACGGGACCAGGAACUUACAAUAACAGACCUGGAAAGUUUGAAGGAACUGAACGAAGAAUUACUGGAUCAACAAGACGAGGAGACCAAAGAACUACGUGCGGAGUUCGAGACCAAGGAGAUUGAGCUUGAACAGCUCGGUGAGCGUGCACUCGACCAAGCGUUCAGGGACCUUGUUACCGAGCUGCUCGCGCAAAUCAAGGAAGCCGAAUCGACAAAAACAAUGACAGAAGCCCAAGUCAAGGACACGACGGGCCGAAUCAACGAAGUCAUGGAUGUCAACCGACGUCUCCGUGCUGCAGAACUCCGUCAACUCAAGGUCGACCAGACGACGGAGAUGCUGGAAAUUCUAAGCGAGACACAAUCUCAAGAGUUCGGCAGAAGUGAGUCAAUGCAGGCCUACUUCACAGCAAAGCGCAUCACGUUCAAAUCGUCUCAUGCAACUCACAAGGGCGGCGUUGAGGAAGCAUCCUCGAAGCUGCUAUCUAUUGAGGCCAGCUACUACCUCGCAAACCUGAAGAGUGGAAGCAACCGUAUUUCAUCCGCGAUGGCAGUGUCGACGCUACCACAGUUCGCAACAUUUAGCCCUGCAUAUGCUGAGCUGGCACUCAAGGCCGAUAGAGUCAAUUUCUCGGAGAUGGCAAAAUCGUUUGGUGGCUCAACAGAAAAAGUGCUGGCAGAACGACCCGAAGACGAGACGAUGUUGCGGGUUAGCUCGAUUACCGCAAGCUUGACAUACCUCGAUUCUACCUGUACAGCCAUGAUCGCAAUGCUGAAGUCCUGGGCGGCUACUAGCGAAGAGCUUGUAGAUGAAGCACAGGCUGUUGUGGACCGCUUCGCAGCACCAUCUGCGAUCUGCAGCAAGAGCAUGUUGGCUGCCACACGGUUGCAGAAGACGUGUAGCGAUCGAAGGGGAGAUGGUUUGUAUCCUCAGUUUAAUGGCGAUCUUGGCUCGGUUAUCGAAGCUGAAGAGUACCUCACCAAAGCUGCUCGCGAUGCAGCUAAGUGGUCGCACACCGCCGUGGAAGUGUUGAGGCGAUCAGUCGAUCCCGACGGUACACUUGUGGAACCUGUUGACCUCAAGGAUCUAUUGGUGCCCUUCUGGACUGAUCACUCGAGUAAGCUCGACAAUCUUAGCUCUUCGCUGAACAGCUGGAACGAGUAUGCUUUGCUGCUCAAAGACAGUGUUGAGAUCCAGCACGGCCCUGCGCCCUGGACAGAGAAGGCGAAGGAGAUCGAGGCAACCAGAAGACAGGUCGAUGAAGCAGCUACCAAGCUCCAGUCGAUUACCGCCGAGCAUCAGGCGACGCUUCUGAAACUGCACGAGCGCGAACAAGUUAUCGAGACCAAGGAACUAGAGAUCGAACAUUUAGCAGCCAAGAACCGCGAAGCCACGACCAAGAGCGAAGACGUCCAACGCCUGCAAGACGAGAUCGAGGAAGCGCAGGCCGAGAUCAAACAGUUGCAGAAGCAAGAUAAAGUCCAGAAGCAAGAGAUCGAGGACUUGAACAACAAGCUGGCACACGCCGCGCAAUAUGAGCCCACAGAGUCAGAGAAGGCGCCUGCUGCUGCAACACCCGGACCCGAACCUGCGGACGCGUCGUCACGCAGUGCGCCAGCAAGCCUGAUGUCCCUCCUCGAUGCCCUUCAGGUCGAAAACCGCUGGUUACGCCAGAAAAACCACAGCGACGCUUUCGGUGCGAAGCAGUUGGAUCUCCUCAAGUCUAUGCGACCUAUCGAGAAGCGUGAAGCAAGCAAGCUGUCUGCUGCUACCGAUAGUCUACUCAGCUUGGCUUGGUUGACAGAUGACUUUGAACAGCCUGAGAUGCUCACCAGCAUCUCCAACACAGCUCGAAUCGAUCAAGAACAAUGGGCGCUUUGACUGGUCUGGUCUGGAAGAUCUGAGCUUCGCAGACCUGUCGCCGACAGUGGAGCAUUUUGAUAGUGAGAUGAU